GGAUGGAUGACUUCACUGUUCCGCCUGGGUUUCCUUUAUGAUCCCGGGAUCUCCCAGUUUUCUCAUCAGACCUCUCCGAGCGCACAAGCGAACACUUAGCUCCUCUCUCUUGCACACCUACAAGCAACCUCCACAGCAGCAGUGUGUUUGUGUGCGGCACCUUGGCACCUCGCUUAGCUAACUCCACACGAAGACUACAGGUGACAAGUAGCUUAAAGGGACUGUAAGAGGACGACAUAAAGUGCAAUUAUCUUCGGGGAAUCUGCACUACACAGACAAUUUGCACCCAGCUUUCCACAUUUUAUCUUUUCCGUGCUCAGCAUCUAGUGCCAUAAUGUCUGAAAUCCUGCCAUACAGCGAAGGGAAAAUGACCGGCUAUGGAGCAGACAGCGAAGUCAGCCAAAUUUCCUUCAGCUGUCGGCUCCAAGACACCAACACCUUCUUCGGGGGACCUCAAGCAAAGAGACCACCCAAACUUGGACAGAUCGGCAGAGCUAAGCGAGUGGUGAUUGAAGACGACCGAAUAGAUGAGGUGCUUAAGGGGAUGACGGACAAGUCGUCACCCGGCGUUUAAACAAGUAAAGGGAGCCUUUGCAGACUUUUUUUCUCACCGGUUUGAAGCACUUUUCGGCUGUGCAUGUUUGAGGAUUGUAAGGAGAAACGCAGAAGGGAUGAAACGAAGGGGGGAAAAGACAGGGAAAGAAAGACGAAAGAGAGAAGAAAGAAAAGAAUGAGAGACCAAGAUUUAUUUUGGGGUUGCUGGCAAUUCUCCAAACAAAACCCGAUUUCCAAACCACCGCUGCGCAGAAAAGCUGUCGAGAUGGCUGAUUCGUGCAGCUUCGCUUCUCAACUCCUGCCGAUGUAUAGCGAUGGAUGGACUUGCCAUUUCAUCACCACCUUCUUCCAAAAUGCGCUGUAAACAACAACAACAUCACCGACAUCAACUGGAAGCUGAAAUUCAUUUCAAGCACUAUUUCUGUAGCUGUACAGUAUCUAAGCUCGAAGAUCAUCUUUUCUUUUCCCAUACCUAAGUAACAUUGAAAACACGAUCCGCGACGCCGCAUUCGAAGGAGCUGUUCUAUUCAGCACUGUCGAAAGGCAGAAUGCAUUCCUAAUGCUGCUAGAGCUGUUUUUUAAAAAGAGCAAUCACAGACAUUCAAAUCCCGUGCAUUUUUUAAACGACCUGAUGUAUGUAACAUUUCAGAAAUAUAUACAAGGACAGCACCGUUUUAUUGUUUUUUUUUUUGUUUUCAUUUUUUUUAAUUUGAAGUUCAACAAAUACAUUGAUAAUUAAACGAUCUUAGGAGGAAAAUGCAGCUUUUUUCAGCUUUGUUUUUUGUAAUGCAACAAGUGUACAGGCGGGCGACUUCAACAAACCCGCAAAAAUUCAUCCCUUAAUUCCAAUAGUUCCAAAUGACGGAAGUUUUGUUUUCCGCCCAAGCCAGCAGGGAUGGUAAAAAAAAAACAUAACAAUAAUAAAAAAAGACUGACGAAGAUGGUUUUUUUUCCUUUGGUUAAAUAAAAGUUUACUUUUUUCUCCAUCUCUUUGCAUGAACUUCCAAUCCUGGUGCCAACGCGGGUGUCUCCACCAUUCCUAUCUACCCUGGCACGCUUAUUUUUAACAAAAUUCAUAUUUGUAUUUUUAUAUCUAAAUAUUUGUUAUUUAAAUGAUAUGCUAGUCUAACGUCUUACAAUUCAUCAACAAAAAUGUUUGUACUUGGGAAAGGAUAUUCAGACUGAGACGAACAGAGAAUCUAAGAGAUCUGGUUUUGUCUGUCUCAUUCUAUAUCAAGUAUUUGGGAAAAAAGACUUAUUGAAUGUGUUUCGGUUUUUGCACACAUCAAUGUUAAACUAUUACUACAAAAUAUUAUACUGUGACUUGAGCUUCGCUGAUGGAUUUGUUAGAAAUGGCGACUUUAGAAUUUAUUGCACUGUUUACGAGUACCUUCAAAUAACACGUUGUUAUUUGACCACUUUUUUGGACAUUCAAGUUGUGUUUUUUUAUUUUAUUUCUUUUGUACCAUUCUUUUGAAGAAAACUGAAUAUGGUUUGUUGUGCAUGAAACCUUAAUAUUUUCAAUAAUGAAACAUCAUUUUAUGAAGCAAAAAAGCAACAAAAAUGUCAUGACAUUCUAAGAAUGAUUCAUUGUAUAUUAUGAUGCCAUUUUCACUGUAUUUGGUGAAUUAAUAAAUGGUGAAAGAACAUGUA